GUGAGAUGCUGCGUUAAGUCAAAUUCAUACAGUAAGGCAAUUUAACAGCUGAACAAUACGAUGCGAGUAUUAAUAUUGCUGUCACAUUCUGUAAAUUAAAACUUUAUUGCAGCCGGACAAAUGAGUGUGAGAGCUUUGUGGAUUAUUUCGCACGAAAAGGGCGAAAAUGUGUCUUUACGCUUCGCAAGGAGGUUUGCUACUGUGGAGCACCGUGCAAAGAUCCUGGCAGGUUCCUCAUAUACAGCAGUCCCAGAAGAUAACACUGUGCUGCAGCUCCUGCUCACUGAGUUGGGGCUCUCAGACCCAGACAAACCCUUUGUAGCUCUCAGAGAUGAUUGCCUUUAUCGUCAGCGGUCACCAGCCCUGGAGCUGAGGGUGGACAGCCCUGGAAAGGGAAUGCUUUGGCCAGUGUUGGCAAUCUCCCACGGGCCUAUUACCCUUGCUUGUCUGCCUUUAGUGGAUGCUCCUGCUGAGCCACGGCCAGCCCUUGCAAGCCUGCUGUCUGUCUCUCAGGGCCUCACUCUCUUGGCAGGUCUGCAGACUUUUCUCCUAGGCUCUGGGAGUAAGCCUGAUAGUGAGGUGCUGGCCUCUCGCCUGGCGAUGCUGCCCUCUGUACUCCUGCAGGUUUGUCCACUUGGCACACCCCUGGAUGUGCCACUACCGGGGGCUCCUUCUACACCCACAGUGCCCACUCCUGCUGAGAACCAGAAGCAGCCAGCCUGGAAGACAGGGCUCCACCGCGGUCGAGCUGCGGUGAACGUAGCACUUAUAGAAACCGUACGCUCCAUGCAGUAUGGUAACCGCAGCAGACAGGACUUGUGGGAUGUUUAUGGCACUGUAACAUGCAAAUGUGAAGUGGAAGGGGUGCUCCCAAAUGUGAUGGUGACCCUCACACUGCCACCAAAUGGUUCUCCACUACAGGACAUCCUGGUGCAUCCUUGUGUCACUUCACUGGAUUCCAGCAUCCUUACUGCCAGCAGUGUGGAUAACUUUGAUGGCUCUGCUUUCUCCGGACCAUAUAAGUUCCCCUUCUCUCCUCCUCUGGAGCCUUUCAGACUAUGCAGCUAUACAUCUCAGGUCCCUGUUCCCCCUAUCCUGGGUUCUUAUCAACUGAAGGAAGAAGAAACCCAGCUGCGUGUGUCAGUAACCCUCAAACUUCACGAGAGUGUGAAGAACUCCUUUGAGUACUGUGAAGCACACCUGCCAUUCUUUAACAGGGAUCAGUUCGGUGUUGUGGAUGUGAAGGUGAGCUCCGGACAACUCGAUGUAUCAAAAGAGAAAAACCUGCUGGUCUGGAGCUUGGGACAAAAGUUCCCUAAAUCUCGCGAGGUAACAAUGGAGGGUAAGAUCAGCUUUUCUGGGCCGACACCAGGACCUACUGACCCCCUCUGCACAGAACUAACAGCCUAUAUCAAAUUAUAUUUCAAAGUGCCUGACAUGACACUCUCUGGGUGCUCGGUGGACCAGCAUUCGGUGCAGGUUUAUUCCUCUUCAAAACAACGUACUAUAACAUCACGAGAACUUCAAUCCAAAGAGUACUUCAUAUGGAAUUCAACAGGAAGUGCUCCGGUAUCCUCUGGGCAGAUGAUGCUGUAGCAUGGAUACUGUACAUGGUGCUCAAUAACUGGACUGAAGACUGUCAAGCAUACACUGUGAUCCAGACCGGAUAUGUGACCCCAUGAAAUGUGUUACUACACUGUUGUUACUGAGGAGCUUACAAAUGAUAGAGCAUUUAAAUAACAUUUAUAAUACAUUUACAUAUAAAAGACUGAAUCAUUUCGUUUUUAUUCAGUGCUGUUCACAAUGUGCAAACCUUGACUGGCAGAGGUAUUGAUUUUGUUUACGGAUGGUUGCUCUUGAAAAAAACUACCUGCCCCUCUAGUCCAACUUCUUUUAUCCCCCAACCCUCCCCUCAAAUUUAUCCCAUUGCAGACACAAGGGCCACCCCUCGCUCUGACAGUCCCACUUCAGUGACUCUCCAUCAGCCGGAUAAUUAGCAGCUGGGGCCUUGUCAUCAGCUGUUGUGGAGCUGGAGGGAGGGGGGGGGGGGGCGGCUGGGCUGUGAAAGGCCUGGCUGCUCUGGCCAGUGUCUUGGCUACAAAAGGUUCCUCUUUUAGAGCUGGCAGGAGUCCUUGCCCCCUUCACCAAUCACUCCCCCAACCCUUUUGACCCCAUCCCCGCCCUGUCAACUAGUGGCUAGUUCAAACACUCCACCUCUCUAACCAGACGGUGAUUGAGCGCUGACCCUCGGGCCCUCUGAGACUUUAAAGCAGCCGGUCCCUUUCAGCGAGCAGGAGCUGCCUAAUUGGUGAAAAAGUCACAAGGAUGGAAGUGGUUGGGACGCCUCUUGAAGAUACACAGGUGCUUUAACUUAAUCCGUAUAAAAACGAUACAGUUAUAAUUUCAACAUUCGUUGUUGUAAAACGAAUAACAGUGUAGAUAAACGGAUAACAGUGUAGAUGACACUUUAUAAUCAAUUCAUACAAAAUAUAUAUAUGAUUGGCAUACCAGAUGUUUCUCACAGUUUACAUUUAUUUUAUCUGAACUAUAAUGGGUUUUAUAUGAACUCAUACGUACUAGGAAAGCUCAACUUCAGUGUAUUUAGUUAAAUGGAUAACCAGCGGAUGAAGGGUUAAAUCAAAGGAGAUUGUGCCCCCACUAUUCCUCAGCAGCCAGACUCCUCUGAGUGCCCUCAUUGUCUGCUGUUGGCCUCUUGUGCCCCUUGCUGGUCCAAAUGCUACAUUCUCACGUGGAUUUCCACUCAGAAGGCUGACCAUGACCAAUCCUCUGUCAAUUGGAACCAAUUGCUCACACGGCAUCUUUCACCUUCUUUUUAUGUAGCAGUACGGAGUGGCAGACACCGAGACCUCUCGGCUCUCCCCCUCCACGAUGAUUUGGCUUUAAGGCCCAGUGUGUGUGGCUAGCGAACUGGAAAAGGAGAAGUUUUUUGAAGAGUUGGGCCACUCUAAAUCUCCUCAGUAUCCCAAUAUGUGGUCAGUCUGGCUCCUCAUGUCUGCAGUCAGUGGCCUCUCACUGGCAGACUUUGCUUUGUUGAUUGAACGGCUUGCUAAGGACUAAUUUUGUAUGUAUUGCUCUGCUUCAGUGCCUUACGCUCAUACCUCUUGCUCUUUCAUUCUACAGUGGUUUUCAGAACAAUACAUUAUUUAUUUCCUUAUCGUUUACUAUUUUUUUCAAGCAUACAGGAAACAUUUUUGUACAAUGUUCUCACGGGCCAAAAUGAAUUUGUCAAACUAAAGCAGCAGUUUGGAUCGUAAUUAAUCAUUUUGAGGCUUGCAUAGCCUUCAUUUAUUCAUUUAAGUGAUCUUUUAUACCGAAAGGUGUACAAAACAUUAAAUACACUAUUACAAACACUGAA